UGAGACACAUUAGAUUUUGUACGAAGAUUAAAAUCAAAGCCUAAACAGACCUACCGCACUUUCUUUUCCCCUUCCCUCAAUCAAACUCCUAGGGUUCCAUGUAUCUGAUAAAUUAGAUUUUGUGCCAAAUUAAAUGAAAGCGUUGAACCCGGUAUAGAACAAGGCUUGUACUUUUCAGAUCCAAGUUCUUUUUUCCCCCUAAUUAAAAUUAAUUGGUUUAUUUGAGGAUAAAAUUUUAAACCCCUUACAGGGUUUUAAAAGAAACCAUGUCUGCAGGGGUUUGUGGUAAAAGGGUGGGCUUUGAAGAAAUAUUCGGAUCCUCUCCCAAGAGAUUCAGGUGUUCUGGUUACGAAUCUCCCAACUCGUCGUCGGAUCCUGGGUCCAGACCCGAUGACCGGGUUUCAACUUUCUCUGCUUUGGAUCCUGAGUUAAGAACAUCUGUUGUCGACAAGAAUGAAGAUUUUAAGGAGAGUUCGAAUGCACUUUCUUCUGAUCUCGAAGAAAGAAAUAAACAAUAUGGCUUUGAUUGUGUGAGAACUGGAAAUUGUACUGAUGAGACAGCUACAUGUAGUCAAAUCUCGGACUACAAUGUCGAAGAUGUAAAUAAACAGAAGUUUUAUGAUAGAAAUGCAGUCAAUGGUCCCGAGUGGACUGACUUGUUCGUGCACGAGAUGACGAGUGCAAUGAAUAUAGACGAUGCUAAGGCACGUGCUGCUAGGAUUUUAGAAGCCUUUGAGAGGCGUGUUGUUGCCAAUAAAAGGGCCGCCGAAGAGCAGAUUGAGCAUGCUUCCUUGAAGGAAUAUUUGCGGAGCUUGUUAGAUAACAAUCAAAUUCUGAGGAGAACUGUUGCCAUUCAGCAUGAACGCAACAUCGAGCAAGAGGGGAAGGAAAGAGAAGUGCAACACUUGAAGCUCACACUCAACCAGUACAUCGAACAAGCUCGAACUCUAGAGUUGAACAACUACACAUUAAGGCUACAUCUUCAAAGGGCACAAGCACAACAAAGUAGCUCAAUUAAGGGGCAAUUUCCUCCGGAUAUAUACUAAAAGCUUUCGUCGUGUUAUUAUUAAUUAAUAGCUAAUAUUCUACUAUUUUAUGGUUUAUGUAAACCAACAUGGGAUAUGAAGAUUUAUACACAGUUUUUCUGAUGUGUGUAGUUUGUAUAAUUCAAGCCAAAAUAUCAGUAUCUACACAAUUGCCAGUUUGAAUC